AUGGAGCACCGGGCAGUGCUGUGUGCUGCGCUACUGCUGCUGGUGGCGCACCUGCCCCGGGAGCUGAGGGCACAGAGGGGCCAGUCUGGAGGAAGCGAGUACGGGGUAAAGCUGUGCGGCCGAGAGUUUAUCCGGGCGGUGAUCUUCACCUGCGGGGGGUCCCGGUGGAAGAGGCUGUCCGUGGGAGACGAGCAGAACCCGGGCUACCGGAGCAGGGCAGCAGGUGAGCAGGACUCUCAUACAAGGGGCAAAGAAGGGAGAUCACAGUGAUGGGAGCUGCAGUCCUUCCACAGCUGGGGGUCGCACGGUUGAUUAGACUUGGUUGUACAAGAAAGUGUUAGUUAAUGCUUUUACCUAGUUCUGUGUAACAUGCAGCCAAAUACUAUAAUUGCAGCAGUAUAUGGUGUAUAAAUGAGACUUGUUAGUGAUGUACUUAGCACUCAUUUGCACCAGUAGAGUAGAAUUAAUUUCCAAGUGAUUGCUGGUGAAAGAAAGGGCAGACAGGUGGGUAUAUGACCACCAGCACCACUGCCAUUAUUAUGGCGUGGGAACCUCUGCUUAGGAAACACAUGAUGGAUUUAGGGAGCAAACGUAAACCAGUAUCCUUGACCAUCCACUAGUCUCUAAACAAGAACCUAUUAAAUUUUUUCCCCUUUUUCCUGUUUUUUUUAUUGGUUUUAUUUAUUAGUAUGGUGUUAUUUUAUAUGUAAUACAUUGUUAAUUUAUUUUUUUCUAAAAUUGUACAAUAAAAAUAACUUGAAAAGAAUUACCUCACCCUGAAAUUAAUUAAAAUAUAUAUACACCACAUCCCUAAAUCAAUAACCCUAAGCUCUGUCUAGGACUUAAAACUAAUCUUAACAAUUUAUGUUUUAAAACUAGUGCUGGUGCAGCAAUUAGUAGGUUUUACAUUUAUUUCAUGUUGUAGAAGUUAAAGAAACAGGUAUGGGUUAUGAUCAUGGGUUUCCGAAACCUUAAUUAACCAGUUUCUCAUUUGGGGCAGUUUAGAUGGCCAUUACACCUUUUCAGUAGAUAUCCUAAAUAGAGUAGAGUAUAAGAGUAGGAGCAAUUUAAUACUUUACCAAUAAACUAAUACAAAGUACACGCUGCUUGAAUAACUAUAUAGAGGGCACAAUUAGAUUUGAAAGUUGCAUGCACCAAAUACACUAGGAUCCACACAAAUCACCCAAUAUAAACCAUAAAAACACAGUGCUGCACUUCAAAAAGCAAAUAAAGAGCAAUAUCAUACAAAGUGUCAAAUUUCUCAGUUUUACACUUAAUAAUUUCUACACAACUGCAACUAAACAAAUGUAGUUUAAAAUAGAUUCACUAAUUAGUUCUGAUGGUUAAAAUUCCCAAUGUGACUAGGAUUGUAAAUAAUUAUUAGAAUUUAUAAAGCAAAUAUUGAAAGAAGCGAAUUACAGUUUCAAAGCUAAAACUUUGCAAAAUUUGUCAAAGCUGAGAUUACACCACUUAUAGUAGUAACAGAAUCCACAACUGCUACACAAAAGUAUAUAUUUAUAGAAACUACAUUCCCAGACUACUGAAAGGAGCACACCAUACACCUAAACACUCUAGCUUUAUGUCUGAAAAGAGCAGUUUUCAACAGAAAUUGGCAUUUUUACAAAUGAACCUUGUUAAACCCACCUGACUGUCAAUCAGACAUCAGGUCCUUCCAUUGCCUGGUUGUUUCGCUCACUAGAGAUAAACUCAAGAGGCAGCAAUUGCCGAGAGCACCUGCCUUGCCAAGACUUCUCAUUGAGCUGCAUUGGGUAAUAUGUUAGGGCAGUCACAGCAAGUCUGGGCGGGGUUAGAAGAGGUGGCAAGAGAUCUGCAGGUUUUUGCAAGCUGUUUUUAGAUGUAAAUUAAAAUUCAUGCAUGUUUCUGUUUGGGAUAUGUCUACAAAACAUUGAUUAUUUAUUUUAUAUUUAGGCAGUGUAGUGCCCCUUUAAGAGCAUUUACAUAUUUUUUUAUUUAGCCAUAUUAUCACGAGUUUUGGUCAAAAUAUUGUUAUUUUUAUGUUAUUUUACACAUUGUUUUAUACUGGGGAAAUUCACAGACUAUAUGUGUCCCACUACUGUAAACACCCGAUAUUUGUAUUCUGCACAUGCAUACCUUAUCACACCUGUAAUUUAGCAUAUUUAACCUCUUAACACCGUUAGGACGUUUUAUGCCAUCCCGCAUUUAAUGGGCUUUAAAGCCGUUGCGGCAGCAUAGAACCCUGUAACGGCUUUCAUCCCUAGAGCCGCCAGGAUACUUACCUUCCCGGUGCUCCGUUUUGGGAGGACUGCCUGACAGCCCAGACAGCCCUCCCACUGCAAAUCAGGACCCCCGGGGGCCAUGUGAGCGCUCUCAAAGAGCGAUCACACGGCCGCGAUAGAUGCCUGUGGAUCUGCCAACAGGGGGACCUGUCUGGGCUGUCAGGCAGUCCCCCUGAUGGUGGGAAAAGUAAAAAAAAAAAAAAAAAUUAGUACACAUAAAAAUAAUUAUAUAUAUUUUAUAUAUGCAACUUAAUACUUAGUUGAAUUUAAUGUCAAUAUAAUUACAUAUUUUAGCAUUAAAAUACACUUAGAAUGAAGUUACACACACACAUAUAUAUAUAUAUACACACACACGUAUAAUUACAAUAAUAAAUAAAAUCAUUUAAAAAAUCUAAAAUAAAUUACAUAUACAUGUAAUUUCAUUCUAACUGUAUUUUGAUAUUAUAUAUAUAUAUAUAUAUAUAUAGAUAGAUAACAAAAUACACUUACAAUGACAAUCUAUAUAAAUAAACACAAAUAAUUGCAAAUAUACAUAAAUAAUUACAUAAACUAUUACAUAAGUUUACAGGUAGAAUUGAAAUUAUAUAUUAAAAUUCUACGUGUAUAUUGAUGCAAUUUUAUUAAUUAAAAUGUGAGGGACGUGCCUGACGACCCAGGCAGAAAGUCCAGAGAAUUUAAUUUGCGAGCACUAUAUUUAACCCUGUAACUUUCCAAGACACCAUAAAACCAAGACACCAAAUAUUUGUGUUUCAAAAUGGUAAAUUGUAUUGCAUCGAUGAUAUUGUCAGUGAAAGUGAAGUUUUUUGCAUUUUUCACACACAAACGUCACUUUCACGGACGAUAUUAUUGCUGGUAUAAGUUUUGCGGUUUUGAAACACUAAUAUUUGUGUUCAGUGAAGUCUCCCGAGUAUAACAGUAGCCCCCAUGAACAGGUUUAUAUGGUGUUUUGGAAAGUUUGAAAUGCAAGCCUUAUAUUUGACUCUCUGGGUUUAGUUUUUUAAUUCUUUAUUUUUAGUAGUGCAUUGCCAUUUUCACAAGUAGACAAGGCAUGUUCUGAGAUAACAUUUCAGAUUGUUGUAAGAGAAUAUUCUGUACUUACACUUUUUUUUUUUAAACGAAAGAAACACAUUACACAGUGUGACGAACUGAGCCUCGUCACGUGUUCUUGGAGGGGCCUGCUGGCCAGCCUCUAACCAAAAGACUAUGGUCCCUUUAAAAAACUAUGUAAAGAGACUUUGUUUGUGGGAUUUUAUAUUUGGUUCAGAAACCGAACAGCCGCACAAACCGGAGACCACCCUAGAGCUUGUUAAGCCUAAUUGCUACUUUGUAGAAAUUUCCACCGCAGUGUUCUAAGUGUUUGUCUGGGUGGCCGCAAUGCCUAUGGACGACCACACGGUGGCGGCCAUAUUGUUCCCGUAAACGCAGGCAGCGGUGUUUGGGCAUGAAUCUUAUGGAACUGAAAACGGAUACAGAAACUCCUGAAAACCGCUGGACUUUCAGCAUCGCCUGCGUUCAGUUCUAUAACACUUAUAAAGGCGCUGUUCAGUGGAAACGUUCCAACGAACAAAGGGAGCAAGCUCCAGGGUGAGACAAGCUUGUUAAUUUUUUAAAACUACCGAACUAGACCGACCGCAAGUCUUGAUUUUCUAAAAACUGUUUUGGGCAUGGGACCAUGCGGGCGGUCGGUCGGUCAAAUUAUGACUCCCAGGAAAUUCCUGAACUGAUCUGGGUGAUUUAUGGAUAUGUUGGUCACCCAGAUCAGGAGAUGUAACUUUUGUGGGGAUUUUGUGUGUUUUAAGGUAUUUGGGGUUUUUUGUAAAAAUGUGUGUUUUUUGUGCCUGGAGAUAAUUAAAGGGACACUAUAGUCACCAGAACAACUACAGCUUAUUGAAUUUGUUCUGGUAAGUAGAAUCAUUCCCUUCAGGCUUUUUGCUAUAAACACUGUCUUUUCAGGGAAAAUGCAGUGUUUACAUUACAGCCUAGUGAUAACUUCACUGGCCACUCCUAAGAUGUCUGUUAGAGAUCCUUCCUGGGUCAUGGCUGCCUAAAGUGGAUCCAAACAUUCAGUGUCUGCAUGCAGACACUGAACUUACCUCAUAGAGAUUCAUUGAUUCAAUUCAUCUCUAUGAGGAGAUGCUGAUUGGCCAGGGCUGUGUUUGAAUUGUGCUGGCUCUACCCAUGAUCUGCCUCUUUGUCAGUCUCAGCCAAUCCUAUGGGGAAGCAGCGCCACCACCAGAAAUUUUGGGGUCCCUGACAAAGCACAAGGUCUGGGCCUCCCACGCCCUCCCCCGACCACCCCAGGCCGGCCUCUCCCCCCGCAAUGAAUGCAGUGAAUGUGUGUCAGUGUAAUGAAUGCAGAGUGUGUGUUAGUUAAGUGGAUGCAGUGUGUGUUAGUGUAAUGAAUGCAGUGUGUGUGUUAGUGUAGUGGAUGCAGUGUGUGUGUCAGUGUAGUGGAUGCAGAGUGUGUCAGUGUAAUGAAUGCAGAGUGUGUGUUAGUGUAGUGGAUGCUGUGUGUGUGUGUGUGUGUGCUAGUGUAGUGGAUGCAGUGUGUGUGUUAGUGUAGUGAAUGCAGUGUGUGUGUUAGUGUAGUGGAUGCAGUGUGUGUCAGUGUAGUUGAUGCAGUGUGUGUCAGUGUAGUUGAUGCAGUGUGUGUCAGUGUAGUGAAUGCAGUGUGUGUGUGUUAAUGUAGUGAAUGCAGUGUGUGUGUUAGUGUAGUGGAUGCAGUGUGUGUGUUAGUGUAGUGGAUGCAGUGUGUGUGUCAGUGUAGUGAAUGCAGAGUGUGUGUUAGUGUAGUGGAUGCAGUAUGUGUGUGUGUGUGUGUGUGUUUACUAGUGUAUGCAUGUAAUGUAAUAACUGUUAUUCCCUCUUACCUGGUUCAGGGAGGGAGGGGAAGAUUCCAUGAGCCCUGGUGGUCCGGUGGCAUUGUGGGGCCCCCCCGGCUCCCUAUACUUGUAGAGGGGGCCCAGCGGACUGCAGCUGUACUUUACAGCAUUUCCCUCGCUCUAAUUCCCGCGAAAUGUGGUGGAGCGUUGCCAUAGUAAUCCAUGGCAACUUUCUAACGGACGCACGUCUCGCGGGAGUUAGAGCGAAGGAAAUGCUGUAAAGUACAGCUGCAGUCCGUUGGGCUCCCUCUGCAAGUAUAUGGAGCCGGGCCAAGUUACACCUAUAUAUAGCGACCAUCGCUAUAUAUAGGUGCAGAGAGUAAUUGUGGGGCCCGGGAUGGCGGCCCUGUGGGGAAGCAUUGUGAUUGGAUCAGGCUACCACUUCUGCUGAUGUCAGCAGGCAGUGGGCAGGUCUAAAGGAAAUAGGGACAAAGUAAGCAGCUGCAGACUUGAAUACAAGUAAGAUUUUACUAUAUUUAGGGAGGCACGAGGGGACCAGGGUGGCUAGAUGGUGGUUUCAGCACUAUAGUGUCAGGAAUACAGGUUUGUGUUCCUGACCCUAAAGUGCUCCUUUAAGUUUAAUAUAGUGCUUGACUCAAUAAGCUCCCAGGCAUAGGGGAGGGAUUGACCUAUUUUGUGUAUAUGUUUUUACUGUAGUCUACUCUUAGGUCCAUGGGGACCUGCAUAUAAGGCCAGUUGUGGCUGCAAUUAAACAGAUUCAUUUUACCCUUCAUGAAAUCUAAGCUCAUGUUUGGGGGAUUUGAGAGUUAUAUUCACUCUGGGGAUUGCUAUAAUCACUAUAUUCCCUUGGAUCACAACGAUUUGCUUUGCUCUCUGAACUAGGAGAGGACUACCCCUGGAAGCUGGAUUCUGGUCUUGGGUCCAGGGUGGGUGAAGGACAGCGAGACCCCAACCAAGCUGCGGCGGUUUGUUGGGGUUUACGGUGGUUAUGGUGUUAGGUGCAGUGCUUAUGGUACUCAGGGAUUACUAGGAAGCAGCGAUUGAUAGAGGUACCCGGUCGGGGUGCCAGGCGGUCCAUCACACACAGUGCCUAGAGUAUUAAAGUAAGGAGAUAUCGGACAGAUAGACAAGACCUAUUCACUGGUAUAGAUUAUAACUAAAACAGACAAUGAUACACAAAAGAAAACCAAGAUGCUAAAAUGUUGAGCUCCGGUUAACAAGGCAGGUGAGCCAGCAUUAAUUGUUAGUGGGCAGCCCUAUAAUUGGGAAUGAGCCAACCUUCGUGGGAAUUUAAGAUAUCUUUUGUUUUAGGUAUUGCAAGUUUAAGCUUAUACGGAGGAUAAUGAAAUAUCGUCUAGCUACAAUAAAGGGGUUGUCAUAUCCACCCGGUCUAUAUAGCCAUUACAUCUUGCUUAAUUACGCAAAAGUUAAUUGUUAUCUGAUUUAGCUGAGCCCUUUGGCAGUACAUUCCCUGAGGCUAUCAUAGCAGGGGGGUGGUACUGCAGUGCAGUGUCUGGCAGGUAAGCCAGUGCGAUAACAAAAAAGAACGUACGGGAAGGAGUCCACUAGAAUGCCUUGAGGUUAGAAUAUCUCAGCUUAGGAGGCCGUCUGGGGGCCUGGGUGGGGGCCAUUUGUGGCAAGGGUGGGCUCUGAGUGGGUUCCACGGUGUGUGCCCUGUAUGUGUGUUCCCAGUCAGCCUAUACCCAGCAUAGGGAAAGGCUUUGGAGAGGUAUGGAAGUCCCAGUGGGGCAAUACACAGUCCAGCUGCAUGAGUCUCAUCUUCAAGCCCAUCUGCCCUCUGUAGUGGAGACCUGCAGUUGUGUUGCAGGAAGGUAAUGCCUUUGUUGGGAUCUCCCGGAUUCUCCAUGGCCUUGUCAGGAUCUGGCACCGUGAGGGGUGUCGGCUUCUUGACGGUUGCACAGUGGGUCUCGGUUUGAAGCAGAACGUAGGGGGAACCUGUAGGGUUCUCAGAGAUGGCUCUGCUGCCUGGUUAACUUGUGCGGAUUUGUGUAUAGGAGGGAGAGAUCCCCCUUCUUUGGCGCCAUCUUCUGGCUCCUUUUGGAUGGUGAUCAGUGCGGCUGUGGCAGGGAUGUACCAGUUUCUCUCCAUGUGGGUAUAUCUGUGCUUUAGUCUGCCGCUAUCUGCUUGCCAGGUUCGCCCAGAAGGCAUUGAUUAUGGCGUUAAGCCUUGUCAGGGUGUUGGACCUCCCUUUGCAGCUGUUUAGUCGCACGGAGCUUCCGCCAUUGCAUAGGCCUCAGUUUCUGUAAGUUGCUUGUGAGGCUGCGCUGGCUGUGUCCAUUGUGGCCGGACUGCCUUGAGAGAUUAGACCGGGAUCAUCCCCGCCGGUCCUGAGCGGGGAGAGGGGGGCAUUCAUUGGCUGUGGACCCCCGGUGUAGGGGCGAGGAGAGCGGCCGCCUCCCCCCAGCUCCAUCCACUGCAGGGUGCAACCUUGGGUUCGCAAUCUCGGGAAACACUCUUGGACUCAGUCCUUAAAAGGACACUAUAGGAUCAGGAACACAAACAUGUAUUCCUGACCCUAUAGUGUUAAACCUACCAUUUAGGUGACUUGCCCUCCCCCCCUCAGAAAAGGUAAAAACGAACCUUAUUUCCAUUGCCUCGCAGGUCCGCCGGCACUAAUCCGCCUCCUUAAUGACAUGACCACAAUUGCAGAUUUCUAGCCAAUCCAAUGCUAACACCGGCAAGGAGGCGGGACGGGGGCAAACAUCGUUUUGGCCAAUCAGCACCACUUUAUACAGAUGCAUUAAGUCAAUGCAUCUCUAUGAGGAAAAUUCAGCGUCCCCAUGCAGAGCGUGGAGAAGCUGGAUGGCAGGGUUGCAUACUGUGCAGCACAGAGCCAGGAAGCAUCUUCAGUGGCCAUCAGAGGAGUGGUACUUUACAUUGUCCCUAGGGGCAAUGUAAACGGUUUGCAUGAAAAUGCCUGAAGUCAAUGAUUAUACUCACCAGAACAAAUUCAAUAAGCUGUAGUUGUUCUGGUGACUAUAAAGUGUCCCUUUAAGGCAGGGGUGCUCAACCCAGUCCUCAAGGGGGUGGGGGGGACAAACACUUUAGACACAACAGGGUAAUACCUAAAUCCUGGACAGUUCGGGGGUCCUUGAGGACUGGGUUGAGAACCCCUGCUUUAAGGGGUUAAAAGAACACUAGAAAGAGAAAAUAAUAGGCGCUCACUAUAGUGAUCAGGCAGCAGUAUACAGAACAAGGAUUCCCCAACCUUGUGAAUGAAUAAUAGAAAGAGAAGAAGGCGUAUACCGUGCCUAGUAAUUUAUAAAUGCAAAAAAUACAUACAUAUAUCCUUGAAUAUUCCAAUCAGUCGUAGCCUCGGAAAAAAUUAAGAUAAAAAAUAAUAGUGCAAUACAGUAGAUUAAAUAUAAAGUAUAAACAAUUAUCUCACACCUUGAGAACAUCCGUGGCAACUACUACGAAUCCUAAGACGGGGAUUGUACCGUCCAGGCGCUUCACAGUAGAGCUCUGUUAUAGCUCAUUCAAAUGUGAGUGGACUGUACAUAGCUAUAAUUGUUUAUACUUUAUAUUUAAUCUACUGUAUUGCACUAUUAUUUUUUGUCUUAAUUUUUUCCGAGGCUACAACUGAUUGGAAUAUUCAAGGAUAUAUGUAUGUAUUUUUUGCAUAUAUAAAUUACUAGGCGCGGUAUACGCCUUCUUCUCUUUCUGUUAAAAGAACACUAUAGUGUCAAAUAUACAAACGUAUUCCUGACACUAUAGAUUUAAAAUGACAGUUUAGGUCCCCAGCUCCAUUACACGCUGUUAAAAAGGUUAUUUACUCACCUCUUUUCUAGUGCCAUGUGCAUUUCCUCGCAGCUGGUCCCACCUCACCCUCCUUGGCUGAGAUUGUCAAAUCUGAUUAUCAAGUGGGGAACACCUGCAACUUCCGUUAUCUCAGGGGAGCUAACGGAAGCAGAAAGAAACCCGCCUUGCUUUUUGAUUGACAGCCAGGGAGGUUUAAUUAAUUCAUAUAUACAAGUCCUGAUUUCUAAUAGAAAUCAACAUUUUUGUAAACUGUCAUUAUUAUAGGAUUUGGGUUAUGGGAAGUGCUUUAUGGGUGUUGUCCUCUAAAUAGAUUAUGCAGUGUUUACUUUGAGAAUUGCACAUAGCUCACCUGUCAGUCUGGGGUCACUAGUUGUAGUCCCGGCUCAAGUCUCACGCCAUCUCAAGUCUCACCCCUUUACUGCCCCACUUUCAUAAUAUUGCAUUUACUAAAUUAAUUUGUUUUGCUCUUGAAAAAAAAUAACAACCAUAAAAUGAACGUAUACCAAAAAAAAUAAAUAUACAUUGGAACUCAACAACUGUGAUAAGGUGCUGGUAUCGAUGUUCCUUACCGCUUGCAAAACCUCUAAAUAUGAACCUAAUCUAUAAAAAUAUAUACCGCACUCAAUAUUGAAAUGCUCAGAAUACAUUUUAUUAUAAGAGAAUAUAUGAGUAAAUCUUUAAAUAUAGUACUCUUUGUACAGUGAAAAAAAAAAAGAACAAACUUUCUUAUAUACACAAAAUUCCAAACCCUGGAGGAAAAAAAAAAAACGUGUCGUGCCCCAGUCAAACAACAUUUAUAAGGAACACUCCACACUUGAAAAAAAAACAAAAAAAAAAACACAGAUAUACCCCCAAUGAAUAAAUGCAUGUAUUUAUUGGGGGUAUAGUCUAAAACAGCUUGCAAAAGCUGCAAUUCUUAUAACUGCAGCCUUUGUAAGUCCUCCCCUUUUUGACAGGAAGUGACUCUCAGUCACCUCACAGAAAAUUGUCCAGUCCCGUGACCUAAUAAGGCUCAGUAAACCAGGAAGUAGGUGCAAGCGUGACAUCGCCCAUGACAACCAUACUCACAGAUGAGAACACACUUUUCAGUGUCUUCACCCUCUGCAUGAAGACAGUGAACUUUCCUCAUAGAGAUUCAUUGAUUCAAUUCAUCUCUAUGAGGAGAUGCUGAUUGGCCAGGGCUGUGUCUGAAUUGUGCUGGCUCUGCCCCUGAUCUGCUUCUUUGUUAGUCUCAGCCAAUCCUAUGGGGAAGCAUUGUGAUUGGAUCAGAGGCAGAAGAUGCAGACUUGAAUACAAGUCAUUUUACUAUAUUUAAAGAGGCAAGAAGGGGCCAGGGAGGCUAGAUGGUAAUUUUAACACUGUAGGGUCAGGAAUACGUUUGUGUCCCUGACCCUAUAGAGCUCCUUUAAAAUGAAAUGUAAUGGUUAUAUUGAAUAUUAUUUUAUUAACUUAUUCAGUGAAAUGCUUCCCCCCCAUUCCUCCCCAUUCUUCAUGAACAGGUGCCAAUGAGAUGGGCUUAUACAUUACAUAAAAAUAUACAAUAUUUUAAAAUCCUUCUACUUUGAAAUGGCAAACUAAGAGUUCAUGUAAAUAUUAUAAAGACUAUUUUCUUUGUAGACUGUGCAUUUCAGGUGCCCUGUGUGUGUGUAUGUGUGUAGUAUGGCUUAUUCAAUUUGUGUUUUAUUACCAGAUAGAAUCAUGCAGGAUUUCAAUAACAAAGAACUAAACGAACUCAAACUGCAUUCUCUUUUGGGAUCACAUGUGCAGCAGCUUCAGAAGACCGAGUUUCCUUUCAGGCAACAGCCACCAAAGGACUCAUUUGAUAUAGUUGAUGAUUACAAAGACUAUUUCCCCUUGUCUGAUGACUUCAGUAACUAUGUACAGCAGGUGGAAGAGAGCACCCGAAAAGCUCCAAGUGGAGGAAAACUCAACGUUGCUUUAGAAUCUGAUGGAUUGCCAUGGAUGAAGUUCCCUAGCAGGAGAAGGAGGGAGUCUUCUGUUGGUGUUGCAGGAAUUUGCUGUAAAUGGGGUUGCACAAAAGCAGAGAUCAGCACCUUGUGUUAA